GGUGGCGAGAUACGGAUUGCUCUGUAGACUUGUGAGACUGAAAGGCCAACUCCCGUGAUACCGCGAUCCUGCUUACCUGCUUACCUGCUUACCUGCUUACCCCUCAGCUUGGCUUUGAUCUGUCGCAAUCCGUGUGUCUGUGUGUCUGCGUGUCUGCGUGUCCGUGCAGGAUUAGAUGUACGCAGAGCAAUCAAUCAUCUCUGCGCGCUGAUCGUAUGUGCGUAGUGCCUACAUGCCUCCUCCCACCACCUUGCCUCCCUGAAGGCUGAGGCUUCUCUUCUGUCGUGUCUCGAGAUACCUGUUACCCCACCAAACCACGAAAUAUCCCGCCCCACCCCACCAUCCCACCACCAACGCCACACUCCCGCUUUCCCAUUGGGAGGAUAAAUCUGCCCUGCCUCGAGACUACCUGCCUGCCGAAUACCCAGCAGUACACAUCUAGUAUCCAUAUCUAGCAUCGUCUACUACUACACACUACCGCUGCUUGUCCUGCUUCGCCCUCUCGCAAUAGCAACAUCGGCUCUCACGGUGAUCAACCACAUACUACCUACUACUUACAUAACACAGCGAUCUAAAACUGCGGGAAACGUUACAAGAUACCCUAGACAAAUAUGUCUUGUAAGCAUGUUGACGCAGCUGAGCUGCGUCCCCCAGGACCAAGCCAAGCUGUCUACCGCGAAGAUUGUACACAAUGCUUUGAUUCCAUAGACGACUCCACUGGUUUGGACGUUUGUCUACUUUGUUUCAAUGGCGGCUGUACUAGCGAUAGGAACCAUUCCAAGCUCCAUCAUACUAUCAAAAACCACCCUUUGGUUCUCAAUAUCCGAAGAACAAAACGCCACAUUGUUCGAGAUGAACCCCCUCCCAAGAUGUCUAGGUUAGCCAUUGCCGCAGAAACCGAAGCUGAUCGAUUCGAGUACCAUACAAAAGUUCGUUGCCAUGAAUGUGCGGUUGACGAUAUUGAUAAAUCCUCUGGUAAACUCUCUGCGGUUGUGGAUGGUGUCAUGAAAGCAAACACAUUCUCAAGAAAGGAAGAAGUGAAGGCUUGGGAGCAAGAAUUUACAUCGUGUGAACACAUUCUCACCUUGCAACAAGAAAGCGCACGCCAAAUACAGUCUCAGGAUCUAGGCCACUGUUCUCUUUGCGAUCUUAAAGAGAACUUGUGGCUCUGCUUACAUUGCGGUAAUCUGGGAUGCGGACGAGCGCAAUUUGGUGGACUCAAGGGACAUUCCCACGGACUGGAACACAAACAGCAAACUGGACACGCAGUCGCGGUCAAAUUGGGAUCGAUCACUUCAGAUGGCACGGCUGACGUGUACUGUUAUGCAUGCGACGAGGAACGGAUUGAUGAAAAUCUGGGGAAGCACCUUGCCCAUUGGGGAAUCAUGCUGGCCGAGCGCGAGAAGACCGAAAAAAGUUUGAUGGAGAUGCAAGUCGACGAAAAUAUGCGUUGGGAGUUCUCUAUGACUGACGAACAAGGUCACGAAUUGACGAAACUGUUCGGCAAAGGAUUUACUGGUUUGAAGAAUUUAGGCAAUAGCUGCUACUUGGCAAGCGCGCUCCAGUGUCUAUUUGACCUGCCCCAAUUUCAAAAGCGCUAUUUGUUACCAGAUACAGACCUACCUGUUGUUGAAGACCCUGCUCAGGACUUGGAGACGCAGUUGCGCAAGUUAGCAGAUGGUCUUCUUUCGGGCAGAUACUCGUUCCCAGAUCCUGCUACUAAUCAGUCAGAAUCGAGCGGCGUUGCAGAUCAGAAGGGAUUGCCACCUUCAAUGCUGAAAUAUUUGGUAGGCAGAGGUCACGCUGAGUUUUCAACGAUGCGUCAACAAGAUUCUUUUGAGUUUCUUCUCCACGUCUUCAAAUUGAUUACACGCUCUCAGCACGUUGCUCCAUCCGAGGACCCCAUACGAGCUUUUCGCUUCGUCAUGGAGCAGCGCCUGCAAUGUUUAGGCUGCAAAAAGGUGCGAUAUCGCACAGACGAGCAAGAUAAUAUAUCUAUUCCUGUGCCAGUCAGAAAAGUACAGGCAACGACUACUACGGACAGCGAGAAGAAAGAUGAGUACGAAGCUGUAACGUUGAAGGAAUGUUUAGAUAAUUUCACGUCUGAGGAGAUCGUAGAACUUACUUGCUCUGCAUGUGGCAGUAAAGAUGGAUUUUCCAAAAGAUCGCUCUUCAAAACUUUCCCAGAGGUUCUCGCCGUGAAUGCCAGAAGAUUUGUUCUCAUCAAUUGGGUACCCACCAAGGUCGACGUUCCUGUCGUUAUCGGAGACGAGAAGUUCCUUCUAGAUGAUUAUCAGUCACCGGGUUUGCAACCUUCAGAAACACUUCUCCCCGAUGACGAUAAGUCAGAUCAACCUUCGUUCACCGCAGAUGCAGCAGCUUUACAACAGCUCGAGGCUAUGGGAUUUCCAGUGGUCCGUUGUGAGAAAGCCUUGCACGCUACUGGAAAUAGUGACGCCAACGCCGCAAUGGAAUGGCUCUUCGCACAUAUGGAAGAUGCAGACAUCGACGUUCCACUAGAUUUGAGCUCUGGCAAAGCUCCAUCUGCUACAGCUGACCCUGAGAAAAUAGAAAUGUUAGGUGCUAUGGGGUUUGGACCCCCGCAAGCGCGAAAGGCAUUAAAAGAAACCAAUGGCGACAUGGAGCGAGCUGUAGAAUGGCUUUUCAGUCAUCCAGACGACCAAGGCGAGUUCGAAGAUGAGGCAGCCGCUGUCAACAGCGAUGUCACUAAAGAGGAUCCUCCGGGAAGCACAACAUUGCCCGCUACAUUCCAGCUACAAUCUAUCAUAUGCCACAAAGGAUCUAGCAUACAUGCAGGUCACUACGUUGCAUUUAUCCGUAAAGAGAUUCCUGAAGAUAAAAAGACAUCGUGGGUGCUUUAUAAUGAUGAGAAGGUAGUCAAGGCCAAUGACGCCGAAGAGAUGAAAAAAUUCGCAUAUGUUUAUUUCUUCAAACGAGUUGAUUAAGCGAAAAAGGGAGCAUGGGAUGGCACAUGGUUACGACCUGUAGUUGUUGAAAAAGAAAUGACGAUGAGCAUGAUAAUGACA